AUGACUGAGAGAAAGGCUUACUCCAUCUUUUUGGACCUUCCAUCAUCAGUAAUCUUUAGAUGUUUUGUUGUUAUCUACCCGGUGUUCGGUAUCCCCAUUAGGAUCCUAUUAAAUCUGGAUUCGCACCAGAAAAUCCCACAUUGGCUACCAGGAAUGUUGGCUUCCUUAAAUGUAUGUGCCUACAUUCUUGAAAUUAAGAGAGUGAUGUGUAAAGGGAUUGAAAACGGAAUUGUUAUCUUGGUGAAAAAAUGGGGCUAUGGAGUUGAUGUUGAUCUUCAUUUGAUUCUGACUGCCGAUUACAGAUUUUGUCGUAUGAUGCUUCCUGAGGGCAAAAGGCUUGGAUAUCUCGUGAGCACAAGCAUCUUAUCUAAGAAAUGGAGGUAUAUCUGGAGCAGAAUUCCACAAUUGACGCUUGAUCAAACACUUUGGGAGACAACAAAGGACUUAAUAUCUCCAUCACUUAAAUUUACAAACAUCCUUUAUCACCUUUUGACCCUUCAUUCAGGACCGAUUACAAAAUUUACCCUCUCUAUUCCUGAACUGGGAAACUGCCCUAAGUUUGACAACUUGAUAUAUUUUCUCUCUAAGAAUGGCAUUCAACAUCUUCUUCUUCUAUUUCCAGAGGAUAACCGAUACGAAUUUCCUUCUUUAUUUUUCACAUGUUGGCAGAUGAGGUGUUUGGUCCUCGAAAAUUGUUUUAUAGUACAUCCUCCACCAAACUUCAAAGGAUUUCCUAGGUUAGUUACCCUGCAACUGUUUCAAGUCAUAAAUAGUUCCAAAUUGAUUGAAAGUUUAAUCGCUCAUAGCCCGUUGCUUAAGCAUUUGGUGCUACAAUCAGAUAUUCUGGAUCACAUUCAAGUUAAUGCUCCCAAUCUCAGAACCAUCCACUUCACAGGCAAAAUAAAAUAUAUUUCUUUAAAAAAUGUCCCUCUUCUUGAGGAACUUUCACUUUGGGAUCCAGAAUAUUUUGUGGAUGCAGGGAAGGUGAUAAUUCCAAGUAUUUUGAGUCUUGUCCUGCUAUUGAGUAUCUCCACGUGAAUCACGGUAUUGUCCAGGUAAAUGUUGCUUCACAACUUCAUUGUAAUGCAUUUUCCUGCAACGUCUUGUAGGCAUUGACUCGUCCUAAUUUUUUGCAUUU